AUGCUCGCCUCUCGCAUUCGAACCCGUCCUCUCUUCCAGGCCAUCAGGCUGCGAGCCCUCCACAAGGAGUCCCACUCGCCCAGCACCAAAGGGAGCGAAUUGUUCGUUGCAUCGACCUUUCCCGAUAAUUUUGACGCCCCCGAAUUCAUCUCCGAGCGCCAGAAGGAUGCGCAGACCGUACGGAUGGGCAAGUGGGAGGAGAUGAACGCCAGCACUAGCGAGGCUUCUAUCAAAGCGGAUAGAGGCGAGAUCCAAGAAGCGACGCCGGCGAAGAAGAAGGAUGUGAUACUCGAGGAGGCGCCGAGAUUGGAUGAGAUGUAG